AGAGUUUUACCAACAUUAUCCGUUGAAGCGCACAUCUUAGGAUUAACUAUCGAUCGGAUUCUAGAAAAGAACUUUUCGUUGGGGUGAUGAAACUUGCGGAACUAGUGACUGUUUUCUCCUUUCUCUUCCUCGUUACGUUCUCUAUGGGAGAUGGUGCUCCACAAUGGCGACCACAAGGCAGGUUUGGAAAACGUCUUGAUCAGAGAUUUCCCUCCUCAUGGCAACCAGUGUCCGGCACAGAAAAAGACAUAGAUGUUUUUCCUGUUUUACAAGAACAGACAGAUGAACAGACAAACAAUGUAGAUAAUCUUAUAAAUGUAUUAAAGAAAGUGUGUGUGGAAAGCAACGUACCCGGCCUAUAUAAAUGUUACAGGAGGACGGACUCUAGUUUCCGAUCGUCUUCAGGGAAUGCUUGAGGUGCUUCUGACCUGAGGGCCUCUGUUUUUAAAUGACAAUUUGAUUUCUCAAUAAAGGCCAUAUAAAUUGUCAUGAAUCAUUCUCAUUUGAAAAUUGAAACCAAAUUACUGUUAACUUUUAAUGUACCUCCCCCAAAAAUGCACAAAGAGCUCGUGACAUCAACUUCGAGAUGAUUGUGAACUGAUCAAUAAUGAACUAGAAUUCAAUUUCCGGAAUUAUUGCACUCAUUGUAAAUAAAUGCAUGCCUAGUAAAAAAGAAUAAAAUUUAUUCAAAGUAAAA